AUGAUUGGUUUUCAGCUAUUCCACCUAACCGCAUUUUUACACCUUAAAAAUGCUCUGCAUCGAUACCACCUCUUUAGCGGUUGCAAAAUCAUCUUUUUCAGCAGUUUUCACAGGGUCCUAGCCAUCAUGCGAGUACUUUACUUCGCUCUUUGCAUUUUGAUGGUCAUCGUCCCUUCCGCACAGGUAAAAAUAUUGCUUAUGUGA